AUGGAAGUGGGCAAAAUGUUCGAAGCUGAUGCUCAAAAAGCAGACGUCAACCUCUACACCCGCAAGAAAUCGACGCUUGAUCUCAUCACCACACAGUGGGUGACACUGGACGCUGGUCGAUUGAUGCAGGUCUUGAUCAACCUCAUAACCAACGGACUCAAGUUUACACGGAAAGAGGACGAGCGAACCGUUACACUCACAGUAGGGGCAACUCGCCACCGGCCUACGGAAGAUGAUUUAAACGUAGAAUUUAUUGCAACUGGUAUUGCGCGAGACACUUUGCAGCUGGAUUCGCAAUGGGGAUCAGGAGCCGACAUCUUCCUCCAUUUCAGUGUCACCGAUACCGGCUGCGGCUUUAAUGAUGAGCAGAAAGGCAAGAUCUUCGAGAGGUUUCUCCAAGCGAGUCCGAAAACACACUCGAAGUAUGGUGGCAGUGGCUUGGGUCUAUUCAUCAGCCGCGAGAUGAUCGAGCUUCAAGGCGGAGAGAUUGGCGUCAGAUCCAACCAACUCGAGAACAACCAACUUGAGAAAGGCGCCACCUUCGCCUUCUACAUUGCUGCUCGCGUUGUACAACCACCUCAAGCCGAAGUCGAGCUUACACGACGCACGACGAACCCCAGAAGACAAAACCAGAACACGACAUUCUCCCAGAUAUACACACUUUUGGUCGUGGAAGACAACGUCCUAAACCAGAAGGUAUUCCGCAUGCAGCUUCAAAAGCUCGGCCACGAAGUCCACGUUGUCAACCAUGGCGCCGAAGCGUUGGAGUUCCUGGAGAAGACAUCAUGUUGGGCCGGCAAUCUGAAUAGCGCCAUCAAUCUAUCGGCAGUGCUCAUGAACAUCGAAGUAAGCUAUGGUACUGGUUAA